AUGACGUCGACGGAAGAAUAUGUUCAAGAUGCAACGUUUGCCUCUUUGCCGCGUACUGUUCGAGGGAUGCCGUUAGGGUUACAUGCUAGUCCAGAUGGCCAGAAAUUGAUUUACUGCAACGGCAAUUCUGUUUAUAUUCGUAGUAUCCAAAAUCCAAAAGAGUGUGAAAUUUAUACCGAACAUGCGAAUCCUACAACCGUGGCAAAGUAUUCUCCAUCCGGUUUUUAUAUCGCAUCUGGUGACCAGUCCGGUAAAAUACGUAUCUGGGAUGCAACACAGCCUUCACAUAUUCUAAAAGCUGAAUACCCAAUAUUGUCAGGUCCUAUUCGUGACAUUGCAUGGUCCGACGAUAGCAAAAGGAUAGCAGUAGUUGGUGAAGGACGCGAAAGGUUUGGCCAUGUUUUCCUUUUUGAUACAGGAACCUCCAAUGGGAAUCUUUCGGGUCAAAGCCGCACAAUGUCAAGUAUCGAUUUUCGUCCAGCUAGACCCUAUAGACUUGUGAGCGGUUCAGAGGACAAUACCGUUGCACUGUUCGAAGGACCUCCAUUUAAAUUUCUGACCUUGUUUCAUGAACAUACUCGUUUCGUUUAUUGUGUUCGGUACAACGCUGAUAGUACACUGUUCGCUAGUUCAGGGGCAGAUGGAAAGGUAAUACUGUACGAAGGAACAACUGGUCAAAAAGAAGGCGAACUUAUGGAUGAUCAAUGUAAAGGUGUUGCACAUGCUGGAAGCGUUUUUGCAUUAUGUUGGUCGCCUGAUGGACAGCGCAUUGCAACUGCAUCCGGUGAUAAAACCAUCAAAAUUUGGGAUGUCUCUUCGAAAAAAUUGGAGAAGACUUUUGUGAUAGGAAAAAAUGUCGAUGAUCAACAGCUUUCCAUCAUUUGGACGAAAGUUUUUCUUGCUGGAGUGAGUCUCUCGGGUUUCAUAAAUAUUCUGGAUUUAGAGAGUGGUUCUGUAUCAAAAGUUCUGAAGGGGCAUAACAAACCGAUAACAGCUCUUACGGUAUGCUCGGAAAAAGCAUUGGCUUUCACAGCGGAUUUUGAAGGAAAUAUCACACGGUGGUGCCUUAACUCAGGAGAUUCAGAAAGGUUGUUACCUGCUGUACACAGUUCACAGGUGUCAGAUAUGUGUCUUUCACCAAACGGUAAUUUGGUAUCGAUUGGUUGGGAUGACUCGAUUGCAUUUACUUCUUUUCCUGGUUCAUUAGAUAACGUUCAGUCAAAUAAGGUAAAAUUAUCAUCACAGCCGCGACAAGUUGCAUUAGGUUCUUCUGGUAAGAUCGCAGUUGUUGCCUGCCAGAAAUCAGUUACUAUUUUCUCGGAUGGCAAACAAAUGGUUUUGCAAAACAUCGAAUAUGAAGCCUCUUGUGUUGCUGUUGCUCCAGAUUCUAGACUUACAGCUGUUGGUAGUCAGGAUGGUAAAGUACACAUUUACGAGUUAAAUGGCAAUCAAAUGAAAGAAAUAAAAACGAUCUCUCAAACUGGAUCCAUUACUUCUCUUUCAUGGAGUCCGAACGGAAGUUUUCUUGUUGCAACAGAUGCUAAUAGAAAGGUAAUACCUUAUUCUGUGGACAAUGAUUACAAAUGUGUCACAGAGAAAGAUUGGACCUUUCAUUCAGCUCGAGUGAGUUGUUCUGCCUGGUCACCAGACAGUCGUUUUGUUGCAACUGGUGGCAUUGAUACGAAUGUCAUUGUUUGGGAUUUGAAACACAGCGGAGAACAUCCAAUAAUCAUCAAAGGAGCGCAUACAAUGAGCCCAAUCAAUGGAAUUGAUUGGCUUGGUUCGAAUCGGAUUAUUACAGUUGGGCAGGAUUCAGUUUUAAAAAUCUGGACUGUCAAUGUGUGA